CGUAGCAGUUGAAUUUAGGUUUUUUAACAGUUCACGCAAUGCAUUGUGGGUAGGUCAGGAGUAGAGGGGACGCCAUGUGCUUUUGAGGGAGAGGAUCCGCUGGAAGGAGACGUGUGUGUGAUAAAUUUGUCUGUUUUCUCAGCGAGAGGACCUCCGGCUCCAUUUACCGUCGGCAUGUUCUGCACCAGCCGCUGCCUCCGCACCGCGCUGCGAGCCGCAGCCAGCACGCAUCGGCAACAGCUUCAGCGGCAGACACCAGCCUUGUGUGCUCUCAGACUUCUGAAAACCAGUCCAGCCUCGUCUUCAGAUGCCAUCGCCACCCCUCCUCUAGAUGGAGCCCCCAAACAGUAUUCCCCCAAAAUCCAGCAGCUUGUCAGUGACAUAGCCAGCCUCACCUUGUUAGAGGUGUCUGAUCUCAACGAACUCCUCAAGAAAACUCUGAACAUUGAGAGUGUCGGAAUGAUGCCGAUGGGGGCGAUGGCGACAUUAGCUGCCCCUGCAGCUCAGGCUGCAGAGGAGGAGGCAGCACCAGCAAAGAAGGAGAAGACUCACUUUACAGUAAAAUUGACAGAAUUGAAAGCUGCUGAAAAAGUAAAGCUUAUAAAGGAAGUGAAAAACUGCAUCCAGGGCUUGAAUCUGGUGCAGGCUAAGAAACUAGUGGAGUCUCUUCCACAGGAAAUCCGGGCCAACGUAUCCAAAGAAGAGGCAGAGAAAUUAAAAGCAGCCCUGGAGGCAGCAGGUGGCACCGUGGAGUUGGAGUAGAUCUCGUCUGCCCUUAUGCCCACUGUUUGCCAUCAUUUUGCUACUCAUGCACUUCAUCCUUGAGUUUAUUUCUUUUUCUUUGUUUUCUUUCCUC